UAGAGGAUAAAGUGGAUGCUUGUGGUUCCACUAAAGAAGGAGGAGGUUCUAGAUUUUGUGAAGAACUUAUUCUCUGCAUAUUCUCUACCAAAGGUACUUGUCGAUUAUCUUGAUGUUGACGCAAAUUACCAAUUAAUGGAACAAUUGCAUUUUGAUUUUGAAAUAACUUAAAAGGAAGAACAGACCGACGAACUAAACUUGAAGUUAGCAAGAUGCCAUAAGGAGAAUUCAUGUCAUAAAAAUCAAUGAUCAAGUAGAGGCUCCAUUCUGCGAAGAAACUUGAUUGCGAAUAGAAACAAAAACAAACAAACCAAAAAAUAAAAUAUCCAAUGUAUAAUAAAUUAGCAAUAAGCAUCAAAAUUAAUGCAAACAACAUUUUUACUUCUACAGCUAAAACUUUGUCCUUCAAGUUUAAUUGUCUAACACGUGCAAAACACAAUGGAUAACCAAUUAAACAACAUAAAAGUAAAAGAAGCACAAAAAAUUUGGUUAUUCCAUAGUAAAUGUUCUUCAAAAAUGUAUUAUUCAAUACAAUAUUUGUUCUAAAACAAACUGGCAUUUGCAAAAUUGGAAUUACAAUUGAAACAGAAAUUAAAAAUAUUGGCCAAUGAAUGAAACGAAAAAAUUGUUUAGUAUAUUCGUGACGGAAUACUUGAGUUGAUAUUGGGCAAAUGAUAAAGCCCAUACUGAAAUGUAGAGUAAUUGUGCGGGUUUGUUUGGGGUAUCUGGAGGAAGGAAAAAUGGAAGUACCUGAAAAAGGGGUUGAAUUAUUAAAAAUUAAAAUUUUUUGGUACGUGUGGGCUUUUCCAAACCAGAUUUUCAGACGUCUAAAGGUAUCAUAAUGGUCAGAUAAAAGGCUCAUAAUGGUCAGCUAUCACUUCCUCGAAUACAUUGAAUAGAGAAUGGGAGAUAUUCGAUGCUCUGACCAUUAUGAGACCAGUAUGAUUAGUUUGGAUGGAUAACUUGCAAGCAAGG